AUGGAGUUGGAAAAUCAAACCACUGUGACUGAGUUUAUUCUCUUGGGAUUUUCAAGUGAUCCGCAGCUCCAGAUUUUCCUUUUUGUGGUGUUUUUAAUCAUUUACCUUAUUACCCUGGUGGGGAACAUGCUGAUCAUGCUGGUGAUAAGGGCUGAUUCUCAUCUCCACACCCCCAUGUAUUUCUUUCUAAGUAAUUUAUCCUUCCUUGAUAUCUGUUUUUCCACAGUCACAGUGCCUAAGAUGCUGGAGAGCUUCCUAGCAAAAUGGAAAACCAUUUCUGUUGGUGGCUGCAUUGUCCAGCUCUUCUUCUUUCUCUUGUCAGGCUGUGCAGAAGUUUUCAUGCUCUCAGCGAUGGCUUAUGACCGAUUUGCUGCCAUAUGCCACCCACUGCAUUACUUGGUAACUAUGAAGAAGCAGGUGUGCAUUCUCCUUGUGGGUGGUGCAUGGACAAUGGGCUUCUUAUAUUCCUUGGUGAACACUCUUCCCAUGAUAAAGUUACACUUCUGUGGACCUACUGAGAUCAAUCAUUUCAGUUGUGAGCUGCCUCCACUUCUACUGCUCUCCUGCACUGAGACUUUCACCAACAAGGUGGUGCUUCUUUCUUCUGCUGUGUUAUUUGGCUUGAGCUCGUUCCUCCUCACUCUGAUAUCCUACAUUCACAUCAUCUCCACUAUCCUGAAGAUGCACUCUGUGGAAGGCCGGUAUAAAGCUUUUUCAACCUGCAGCUCCCACCUUAUUGUAGUGGGUUUGUUUUACUCAGCAGCCUUUUUUCGGUACAUGAAGCCUACCUCAAAGACUUCAUCAGAUCUGGAAAGACUGGUCUCCAUCCAGUACAGCAUCUUAACCCCCAUGUUAAACCCUGUCAUCUACACACUGAAAAACAAGGAGGUGAAAACAGCUGCAUGGAAAAUUUUAGGGUAA